AUGGAUAACACAGAGAAGGCAGUCCGGAUGAUGUUCAGCGCCGCCUCGGCAAUAUCACUUGGAGAUGGAGAAUCAGCAAGGUUUUGGAUUGAUAACUGGCUUCCGGAUGGCCGCUCGCUUGCUUCUAUGGCGCCGGCCCUGUUCUCUUUUGUCAAAGACUCCGGCUGCUCGGUUCGGGAAGCACUGCAGAAUCAAUCAUGGAUUAGGGACAUCUCUGGUGGCGUCUCGGUGCAAGCAUUGGCGCAGUAUCUGACAGUUUGGGAUAUCACUCAGGAAACAAUUUUGCGGUCAGGAUCGCGGGACUGUGCACUCUGGAAGCUCAUGAAGGAGCGGGAGUUCUCUGUCAGCAGCGCCUACAGGAUGAUGUUCAUGGCAAAUAUAUGCUUUGCUUGCAACAAGCCGAUCUAG